AGCAUUUCUGUUCUUUUGCUGUUGCUGCUGCUGCUGGUUUUUGGGGUGGUACAAAGUUACGCGCCUACUAUGCACUCGUGUCAGUCUGUAAUGGUAGUUCGAGCGCGACGGUUGUAUAGCUCCGGGGGCUUUCCACGCUAAGCAAAGGCCUGCUUUUCCAAGUUUCUACAAGUUCUUCAGGGUAGUGCAGUGUCUGUCAGUCAGUCAGUCAAAUCAGUCUGUGAGUGAGUGAAAGUGUUGCAGCUGUGAAAAAGAAAUACUUUAACAAACAAGGACUCGGAUUGAAUUGAAUCCGGAAAUUCUAGGACGCUGUUGGUUGUUGAAAUGUGAGAGCACAUGUGGAGAAAUCCUUGACACCUGUCGCGGUUGUACGAGCAGCGCGGGUAGUAGUAGUAGUAGUACUGCAGGAUGGGUUGACGUAGGUCGUCUCCUCGGCAGCGAGUGCCCUACGGCAAAUAAGGGGGAUAAAAUGCGACAAGCGAUUAAUUUAAGUAAAGUAGUUAAUUAUUCGUCGUCGGAGUGGCUGCUAAGUAGAGGGUGAAAAAGAAACAAGCAACAGUUUAGCACAGGUGAUAUUUCGUUGAGCUGGCUGGCGUGAUUCGCCUGCUUUGUGUGCAGCACGGUGCAAAGUACUGCUGAUUGCAGCUCUCGAAGGGGCAGAAAUAAUACAGUGCGCUUCGUCCGGGUGAGGUUGGACUAAUGAAUUUUUAUCGCGCUGGAAAAGUUUAAUGAAAACUUAUCAGCCUCUUCGCAAGGUGGCUUUGGGAGACGAGCGAGGAAAAAAAGUAUUCCAGAUUCAAGUGGUUGGUUAAAAAGAAGAACUUGAAAAUUGCACAACAUUAUGCGGCUGGGAAGGCUCCGAAGUGACGGUGAUUAUCUGUCCAUUUGAGUUUGAGCUAUAAGGCGUAACGGUGUUGGAGGAUUUGGUUGAAUGCGUGAGGAGAAGAAAGUUAUCGUUACCAAUUAAAUCUCUUAUGGCUGGAAUCCUUUUUCGGUGGAGGGAAGGGUUUUAACUAUAUCGGGGGAAAAAGUGGACUGACGUCAACGUUUUGGAAAAUGGUGCUAUCAACGAGCAGAGAGAGGAUUUACUAAUGCACUGGAUAGGUCACACGUUCUAUAACCAACUCCAGCUAACCUGUAAGUUGGCAAACAGCCACAAAAUGAGUGACAAUAUUUUGCAGUCGAUUACAGACGAACGAAGAAGUGGUACUAAUUGGCGAUAUCCGCUCAUCAAACCGGAACUCGGAGCAAACGGCCAACGGCCGAUGGAUACCAAGUUAAAAUAUUCGACCAACGAGAGAAAUGUACCUAUUUGAUGAUGAAACUGUUCCUCACAAACUAAACAAAAUGUGAAUCGAACUUUGUCGGUAGCAAAGUGAACUUGUCACAACCACUGCAUAAUUCGACAGUUAUCCGCAGACCCCAAGCUCAAACUAUCCAAAACCCCGGAAAGCGAUGUUAGUAUUAGAAGCUUAAACUACGUACGCUUUAAGCUGUGACAUCCCAAAAAAAAAAACCCAAACAUAGACGAACAAACUACCACCCGAUCGAAGAAAUCGUUAUGAUCAGCAAUCUUUACCCACUGGAGGAGCAUCCGCAUUUUUGUUCAUUUUACUGGGGCGAUUUCAACGAGAGCAGUUUACUAAACACCGGCUCGGUAGCCGCAGCAGGAGCAUCACCGACGGCCGUCAGCACCAGCUACGAUGGGACGCUUCGAAGUGGGCUCUACGAAGACCCUCGGAUAGAGAAUCUGCGGAAGGUUUCGUACGGUAUCGCUCUGCCCAUUAUCUGUGCCCUCGGAAUUGUGGGUAACGUGCUGAAUCUGGUGGUGCUAACCCGCCGGAAUAUGCGUGGCACGGCCUAUAUCUACAUGAGAGGCUACUCGGCUGCCGCUCUGCUGGCAAUUAUCUUUGCAAUACCCUUCGGCAUGCGAAUGCUGAUCCAUCGGGACUCGGGCCGAUGGCGAAACUUUGGUCAAGCAUUCUACUCGGCCCACCUCGAGCUGUUCCUCGGCAACGGUUGCCUAGGUGUCGGAGUGAUAAUGCUGCUGGUGCUAACAAUCGAGCGGUAUGUGUCCGUGUGUCACCCGGGCCACAUCCGGCGAAUGUGUCCGCCGCGGAUCACCGUCUGGCUGAUAGCGGUGCUCACGUUCCUUAUCUAUCUGCCGUCGGUACUGCGCGGCGAGAUCGUUAAAUGUGUCUUACAAUCCGAUGGAACAAUAAUGUAUCAUAAGCGCGAUAAUAUGAAGUUUUUAGAUUCGUUAUUUUAUUCGAUUUACAAGGUGAUAUUGGAGAUUGUCUUCAAGUUGGCCCCGACGGUGCUAAUUGCCGGCUUUAACCUAAGGAUAAUGAUCGUGUAUCGCCGUACCUGUGAUAAGCGUCGCCGCAUGACGCUGUCCCGGAUCAACACUAAGGACGAAGAUCCGCGGAAGUAUGCCGAGGAGCGUCGGCUGAUGAUGCUAUUAGGUAGCACCUCACUUCUUUUCCUGAUCUGUGUCUCCCCGAUGGCGAUUCUGCACGUGACACUUUCGUCCGAACAUUUGUCCAGCUAUUCCUUCCAGCUAUUCCGAGCCCUGGCGAAUCUACUGGAACUGAUAAACUAUUCGCUCACCUUCUACAUCUACUGUCUGUUCAGUGAAGACUUCCGGAAUACUCUGUUCCGAACGAUACGAUGGCCGUGGUUUGAAAAACCGCUCUACAAUCGGGGAACGGAGUUCCCCCUGAAGCACCACUCGACCGCCACCAUGCUGAAUGGGCACACGACCGGUAAGCGACGGAUCGCCAACGGUACCUCCGGCAACGGGUCACUCCUGCAUGCAACCUCCAACAACAAUAGUCCGCAUCAGUCACCCGGUCAUACCCAGCAGCAUCAGCAUCAGUACCUGCUGGCGGUUACUCCGACCACUGCAUCGACCACACCGCAGCACCUGACGCAGGUGACGCAAAUCACGAUGACGGCAACGACGCCGACCACUUCCGGAUUCUGUACCGCUAACGGGCGCUCGAGCAGUAUCUGAUAUUACGCCACCAAUGCCGGUGGCGACGGCUGUUCCUCGAUUGUCAGCCGCAGUAGAAGCGGCAGCCUGUCCAGCAUUGGUGGGUAUGGGAAUGAUCUUAGUCGCCCGGUGAAUGUGUGAUUCUAUCCGAGCAGGCCGUACAAUAUUUAGUCGUACAAAUAAAGCAACGAAGCACGUGGCUUCAGAAGGAAACUGGAAACGAUAAAACAAAUUCGACUAACGCGCUCGGGUUGAAGAGGGGGAAAAACAAAAAGAUUAACGAUAUGUAAAUAGUUGUCUCGUACUUGGUGCGAAAUCGAUACUGGCUGAGAGACAAAACGAAUGACCUGCUCGUGUUAGCUAUACGAUGAUUUAUAUGAUUAGCAGUUUGAGGGUUGCAGAGAGAGAGAGAAAAAACAGAGAAGAAAAGUUUUAUCUUCUACGUAUACAUAUAUUUAUAUACAUUCAUGCCUAAAGAAGCAACGCGGAUAUCGGCGGACAAGUCUCGAAGCUAAGCGUAUUUAAUGUGCCAUUUCCUAUAAUUUCGUCGCAUAUGAAAACAAAAACAAAACCUAGAUCUAGUCAGAAAUCUGAUCGAUAAUGGAGUGAGUAGAAGGUCGUUUAAAGCUUGUGAAACGGUCCAGAAUCAAAUUCUGAACUGAAGCUGAUUUGAGUAAAACUUGAUGAAACUGAAAAAGUGAACAGCAACCUGUAAAUAUUUUGAGCUCCAUCUCCAUUAACGGACUACUACGAUGUAAUUACUAGUGUUAGAAUAUACAAGUAAUAAAAAGAAACUCGCAGAUUCGUCACUAACUGGUGGUCUUUCGAUUCGUCACAAAUAAAAUGUUGAUCGAAAUAAAAUCA